GAAAGUGAUCCCAUUGAAGCUACCAACAAUUCAAUCAAAAUGGUACCUCAAGAAGAAAAGACUCCAGCUGAUGCAUCGAAGGGACCUUCUACAGCUGAGGGGAAUGAUUUUUUGAACAAACCCUCAGCUGAUGAAGUUCAUCCCGAAGUAAAUAACAUUUCACCAAAUGCCAGCAUGGCUACCGAAAAGGCAAACCGCACUGUGAAAGAUGAAAAUGAGAUUUUUAUGGUUAGAGACCCUAAAUUAGGUGAACCACUAGAUAUUGCUUCAGAUGAAGGGGCUAGCUCGAAAACAAUCCAAGAAAAUACUGAAGAAUCAAAUGACUCGCAGAUUGGGCGUGAUAAGGAAUUGAAAAACGAAAGCGAAAAAUUGCAACUGUCUGAAGCUUCAAUUAAAUGGGCAGCCACUGAUAAGGCCAAAGAAGACGUAGAACUCAACAAAAGACUGCCACCGACUGAAGCAUUGACUGAAUCGGCACCGAUUUAUAAGGCCAAAGAUGAAGAUGAUGAACUCAACCAAAAACUGCCACGGACUGAAGCAUCAACUGAAUCAGAAGCUAUUGACAAGGCCAAAGAUGAGGAUGAAGAACUCAACAGAGUUGAACUGCUGGAAGAUGAGAAGAAUACAAUUAAUUUACUGAAACAACAGACAGAUGAAUCUGUAGAGUCCUUGCAAGUAAUCCCCAAUAAUCUUAAAGCGCCUCAUUUAAGCCAAGAUAAGGAAAAGAAAUCUUCAGAAGAACAAAUGCUAAAUGUGAGUCUUGAUGGAGUCACUAGUGGCGUUACUGAAGAAAAAAGCAUUGAUGUAACAGAGACACAGAAGGAAGUUCUUGAGAGUAUGCCAACAAUUAUGUCAUGUUCUUCCGAAGAGGGCAACCCAGAUGCUGUUCUACAAGGAACCACAAGUUAUGGUACGGUUGAAAAGACAAUUGAUAAGGUUGACCUACAGAAGGAAGCUGUUGAGGUACAGAACUUCUCAACAACUGGUUUAAAUGAGGCAACGGAAGAACAGCAUUUGAUUGAAGCGGAUGUCUCAGAAGCAAAAUUUGAAGAGUCCCCAGAAAAAGAUGGUGAAAAGGUGAAUCAGCCACAAUCCUUGAUAAGGGGAGCCACUGAUGAGUCAGUAGUUAUCCAUGAAGCUCGAAUCAUGGAUGGAGAACUAAGAGAAUAUGAAAUGGAUGAAAAUGAGAAAUAUACAGAAACUGAUUUUCUGGAGAAAGAAUCCAAAAUUGAGAAGCCAGAAGAUCCCCUGAAUGCAGAUUCCAUAGAAAAUAAAAAGUUCGAUUUGAGCAUUGUUAGAGAAAUAAGUUCUUUUGAAGAACAAAAUGCAGCAACACGAGUAAUUUCGGAUGGAGAAACAGAUGAAAUUUCCAUUGAUGCAGCUGAAAAAAAUGAUAAAAUUCUUCAACUGCAGGAAGAUCGAACAUUUGCUUCAAAUGAGAAGACGGAAGAUAACUCAUUGAUCCAAAAGCAAGACUCAGAAAAUAAAGAUGAAGAAAAUUUGGAGAAAGACAACCACACACCAUCCUCAAUAAACAAUUCGGUACACAAGGUGGAAACAGUUUCUUCAGAGGGGCAAAGUGCUACAGCAUCUUCACAAAUAAUCCAGGAUCAGAAAACAGAGGAAACAUCAAUUGAUCCAGCUGAAGUAAAGGAGGAAACUCCUGUGGUACAGAAUGUCUCGACAAUAGCUUCAAACGAGAAGACGGAAGAAAACUUGUUGAUCCAAGUUGAUGGACACCAAAAGAAAGACGAUGAGCAUUUGGAGGACAAUGUGAAACCAUCAUUGUUACAAGACUCCAUAGUGAAUCCCAGUGAUAAUGCAUUAGCUGUGACUGAUGAGGUCAAACUUGAUAUAAAUGGAGCAGAAUCAUUGCAGGAGAAAAUUAAAGAAAGUGAUUUUCUGAAGGAAGAAUUGGAUACAGGUAAGCCUUCAGAAUCCUUCUCUGCAGUAGUGGAGUACACAAAAGCAACUGAUUCGGGUCACGACAAAGAAAAAACAGAUUUUCUUGAGAACCAGAGCCCAAUAAUAAAUCCCCAUAGAACCUUGGACGAGACAACAGAGGAAGAAACAGCUGAUCCAUGUGAUUCCAAGGAUAAAACUGAAGAGCAGCAGGACACCUCAGAUAUGAAACAUGACUUAGAUUUGGCAAAAGUUUUGCAAGAACAAUCCAUAGUAGAAGCUUCAAGCAAGGAUACCAAUGAAGGCAAGUCAACAACUACGCAUGACACCGUACUUGUUGAUGAACAUACAAAAGAAGUUGGAUUUUCAGAUGAUGACAAAACUGCAGAUAGUACCUUGGUGACGAAAGAGAACUUACAGGACGCUCCAGAGGAUCACAAGCCAUCUCCCUCAAGUGAAGACAUAGAAGCAACUUGCUCUCUUGAGGAGCAAAGUGUAACUGCAAAUCCUCAGUCAGUCAUAAAUGAAAAAGGAAUUGAUGUCACAGACACAAAUGAAGAAAAUCUUGAGAAUGUUGAGAUGAGUGUGUCAAAUGAAGACAAGGAAAGGAAUUUUCACAUUCAAUAUGAUGAUAGUGAUGAGAACUCAUCAAUUCAACUGGACACCUCAGAUAUGAAGCAUAAGUUAGAUUUGGUAAAAGAUUUGCAAGAACCAUCAUUAAUAGAAACUUCAAGCAAGGAUACCAAUGAAGGCGAGUCAACAACUAAACAUGCCGUACUUGUUGAUAAACAUACAAGAGAAGUUGGAUUUUCAGAUGGUGACAAAACUACAGAUGGUACCUUGGUGACAAAGGAGAACUUACAGGACGCUCUAGAGGAUCACAAGCCAUCUCCCUCAAGAGAAAACAUAGAAGAAACUUGCUCUCUUGAUGAGCAGAGUGUAACUGCAAACCCUCAGUCAGUCAUAAAUGAAGAAAGAAUUGAUGUCAUAGACACAAACGAAGCAAAUCUUGAGAAUGUUGCGAUAAGUGUGUCAAAUGAGGAUAGUGAAAGCAAAUCUCUCAUUCAAUAUGAUGAUAGUGACAAGAGCUCAUCAAUUCAACUGGACGCCUCAGAUAUGAAGCAGGACUUAGAUUUGGUAAAAGAUUUGCAAGAACCAUCAGUAAUAGAAGCUUCAAGCAAGGAUGCCAAUGAAGGCGAGUCAGCCACUACGCAUGAACCCAUACUUGUUAAUGAACAUACAAGAGAAGUUGGAUUUUCAGAUGGUGAAAAAAUUACAGAUAGUAACUUGGUGACGAAAGAGAACUUACAGGACGCUCCAGAGGAUCACAUAUCUCCCUCAAGUGAAGACAUAGAAGCAACGUGCUCUUUUGAUGAGCAAAGUGUAACUGCAAACCCUCAGUCAGUCAUAAAUGAAAAAAGACUUGAUGCAAUCGACACAAAUGAAGAAAAUCUCAAGAAUGGUGCAACAAAAUUUCCACAAGAAUACGCUGAAGAAACCUUAGUGAUCCAACCGGAUGGCUCACGUAAGGAACAUGAUGAACAGUUGGGAAAAGAAUGUAAAACUUCAUUUUUCACAGAAGCUCUCACCGAGGAGAACAAUGACAGUAAGUCCACUUUGAGUAAGCUUGAAGAAAGGAACGAGGACUCAAUAGAAGUUGAAUCAUGGAAAAAGGAGAGAAAUAUAGUUUCUGCUUCAGUGAAAGAAGGACAUGUGGAGAAGCUUAUAGAUCUCUAUGAAGUAGCUCAUGAUGAUAUUCAAGCAUCUGAUUCAACUCAAGACACAAAAACUAGUCAUGAUAAGGAAGAAAUUCAGACCCCAGAUUUACAAGAAAUUUCAAGUGGUAGAAAUGAUGAAAAGGCUGAUGAUACAACUGAGUCGAAUAUCCUUGAUUUCCAGGAUAUUGUAAGAAAUAAUCUAGAUGGAGGCAAUAAAGACGAAUCACCGCUCAAAGGCGAUGGCACGCAGAAAGAAGUUCUAACUGCGAAAGGCGAUGACGAUGUGCCAACAGACACGCAUGAGAAGAAUGGAGGUGCUUCAGUUAAGGAAGUAACACAUAUUGUGUCAUUGCAAGUAGAAACUGAUGAUAAAGCAUCUGCUUCAGUUAAAGAGGAGCAAGUCCCACCUGCAGAUCCACAAGAAAUCUUCUGUGACAAAUCAGAAGAAAAAACCAUUGGUGGACCUUACGAGCAGGAAAAAGUUGUUGAGGAUAUUGUGAAAAAUGUUUCGGGUGGAGAAAAUGAAGAUAACUCGCCAGUGGAAGUAGAUGAACUUCACGAACCAUCUCCUAGAAAUGAUUCAACUGGGAACAACAUCGAUGUUGAGCCACCAAUUCUUGCUGAAGCAAAAUUUGAGGAUGACAACUCAACAAAAGUCAACUUAACUGAUAAUGAGAGAUGUGCAGAAGGUAUUUUGGUUGCUGAAACAACUCAAGAAAGUGAAAUAAGGUCACAAGAGGCGCAAAGCCUAAUCACAGAUUUUCAAGAAAUAACAAGUCAUCACAAAGUGGAGAAAACAAUAGAUGCUACUGGUCUGGAGGAAGGAAAUCUUGAAGAUAAGAAUACCGCAACGACUACCCCAUCUGAAGAAGCACAAGAGAAGUCACUAAUACAAACCGAUUGCUCCCAAAUUGAAAGCACUGAACAAUUGGUAAAUGAAAGUGCAAAUCCACCAUUUACAGAAGCUCAGAAGGCACACACCACAGAAAAUGCUUUGUGGAAGGAAGAACCAGAGAUGGAGAAACCCAUGGAUUCUGUUCAUGUACUUUCAGAGAAUACUAAGGCACCUACUUCAACUCAAGACACAGAGACCAGUUUUAUUGAGCAACAAGACAUGGCUGUCGAUCCACAUGAAAUCUCAGGUGGCAAAUUAUCAAAUGAUAAAACCAACGGGAAGGGGGAAAUUCAGGAGGUUCAGGAUAUUGCAACCAAUGUUCUAGAAUUCGACAAAGAAGAAUCCUCAGCAACCAAACCAAAUGAAUCUGAACAAACUACUUUUGCAGAAGAUUUUAUGGGAAACAUUACUGAGGAUACUGAAGCAAAUAUUCCCAGUAGCGACAAUGAAGACCACUCACCUAUUAGAGUAGAUGGCUCACAAGAGCCAUGUUUGGCUGAAGGUUUCACGGGGAAUGUCGCUCAUCAUGAGUCCAGACUUGUUAGUGAAGGCUCUUUAAUAGCUGGCAUUGUUGAAAAUGAGAAAAUCACACACGAUGCAUUGAUAAAGGAAGAAACAACUGACGAGUCCUUGCAAGUAACAGAGGAGAUUGAAGCAUCUGCAUCAGGCAAAGACAGAGAACCAAUUUCUCAAGCAGAUCAAACUUUAGUUGAAAAAACUGUGGACAAUCGGGUAGAGGUUAUAACUGGUGCAACUGACCUAAAUGAAGAUAAUUCCAAGGAAAUGGCCUCAAAAUUAUUAGCUGUUGAGAUCCCAAGAUCACAAGUUUCAGAUGUUUAUAAAGACACGGUGGUGGAUUUUACCGAAGGUCAUAAUUGCAACCAAGAGGAAUCACUUGGCCUAAAUGCAUCAGAUGAACAUGUGCAGAUAAGCAAUGAGCUUGUGACCAACGUUACCAGCUCAAAAUCUGAACCAUCAGUACAGGAUUCUACUAAGAUUGAUGCACAGAAGAAGACAGUGGCAGAGGGUGGCCCCACCAAAGUACCAGAAAAUGGCGGUCUAGUCAAAAGUGACCCAACUGAAAGCUCAAUCACAGAUGCUCGAGUUCAAGAUGAAGAGACCAAAGCAGAACUGAAACAAGACACGGAGUCAAGAAAUAACAAGGAUGUAUCAGAAUCAAAUAACUUGAACGAUGGAGAAGACAGAAAAAUAUCAGACAACAUCAAACACAAGUCAGAUAGUUCCAAGUCUGUUGCAUUAGAGGAAGUUCCAUCAUCCAAUGUUAGUUCCAACUCUGUUGCAUUAGAGGAAGUUCUAUCAUCCGAUGUCGUGUCCGAAAAAGAUUCAGCACCCAAGCCUAGUCUAAAUCCCAUAGAAGAAACGUGGCUCGAGGCUGUUAAUGAAGAAGCUCAAAAACAAGAUGAGGAGCUUCGUGUUUCAGCACUUGCCCAGGAUUCAGCCAUGGAAAAAUUAGAACAUGACGAAAAACCAUGUCCGGCAAGUGUUACAGAUUCUGUUAUCCCUCAAGAAAUACAAAAGCUAGAGGAAGAAUCUCUACCUGCUACAGAUAAGAAACCAACAGAAAACAAAGACUUGCAAGAGAGUGAAAUCACACAAGAUCAAACCAAUCAAAAAGAUGAAAAACUUGGUGAAAGAGAGCAAGAGAAAGCAAAAUAUAAUGAUGAGAAAGUACUCUCAGUUGAAACUGCAGUGGAAACCAAGGAGCCAGAGCGUGCAUCAGUUUCACUCGCCAAUGACUUGCUUCCAAAAUAUAUCAUGGUAUCAUCAGAAUUAGAUCACCCCAUGUCUGAAGCACAAAUGACAACAAAUAAAGAAGACGUGCUGACAGGAAAAACACCAACAUGUGACUUUGAGGAGACAGAAUUUGAAAAGAACAAAGAGCAGGAAGCAAACAAACAAAUAAUAUCAGAGUUCACUUCUGCAGCUUUGAAUAUCAGAGAUACAAGUGACGGUGAUGGUGCUGACAGGUCAACUUCAGAUGCUGAAGCUCCAAAAAUUGUACAGACGGCUACUGGAGCUAAUGAAAAUCAAGAAGUUGAGAACACAAGCGUUGCACAAACCUCAGCUUCAAUAUCUUCAUACGAAAGAGAUAACAAUGAACAUGGUCACUCAGGCAUUGAGGAAAAGCCAGAUGCAAAUGAACUUGGAUUUGCCCUUGAAGAAAGCAAAACAGAGCACGAAGUGAAAAAACAGGUGCUUGAUACAAUUGAUCAAGUUCAAAGUCUUGAAGCAGCAACAGCAGCACCAGAGAUAGUCUCUGAAUCAGCUAUUGUAGAGGAUAAAACUGAAUCCAAAGAAACCGUCGAAGUCAAUAUUCCUAGCCAGAAGAUCAACGACAACGAUGAUGAUGUUGAAGAUGAUCAUUCUGGUUUUUGCAAGGCUGAUAUCACAGAGAGACACCUCAAAGAUCAGGUAAAACCAGAAGAAAAUACAGAGACACAAGAAUUAUCUGAAGUCAUCAAGAACCCAAGUACCACAGAAAAG